AUGGCCGGCCUGUCUGUCGUGGCUUUCUUCUCCUCUCCUGUCUUCCUGCUCGUCUACACCGGCAGUCUGUGUGUCUCCGGUCAUGCAGACCACGAAAAGUCCAAAUAUACCAAGGCCUCUCAGUGGUCACAUUACACAGAAUUAGUUGACAGUGCUGUUGCAAGUUACACUGACUGUUCCAACAAAGACUGUUCGUGUUUCCUCAGUGUGCUGACAGAGGACCUGAAGAUCUGGAAUGAGAAGACCAUCAAGGAAGAGGAUGUGAAAGCAGCCAAAGCCUAUGGUGUCCACUAUCAGAUCAUCAAACAUGAACUGUAUCGACAGCAGGACUGUAUGUUCCCUUUCAGGUGUAGUGGAGUUGAACACCUCAUACCACAAGUCAAUAUAUGUCCUUAUGUCAGUUCAGGUGUAGUGGAGACCUCAUACCACAAGUCAAUAUCUGUCCUUAUGUCAGUUCAGGCAGGUGUACGGCAUCACUGGGACAUCAUGUAUCCUGCAUGGACUUUCUGGGAGGGGGGGCCUGCUGUGUGGCCCAUCUACCCCACAGGCCUAGGCCGCUGGGACCUGCAAAGGGACAUCAUUUCCAGGGCAGCUGAGAAAUGGCCUUGGGAGAAAAAAGAGGAUCAAGCUUUCUUCCGUGGUUCUCGGACCAGUGCAGAGAGGGACCCCUUGAUCUUAUUGUCACGAGCAGAACCUGACCUAGUGGAUGCACAGUACACGAAAAAUCAGGCAUGGAAAUCUGAGGAGGAUACGCUGUACCGGCCACCAGCAGCCGAAGUAAAACUGGAGGAUCACUGCAAAUACAGAUAUCUGUUCAACUUCCGAGGGGUGGCAGCCAGCUUUCGCUUGAAACAUUUAUUCCUUUGUAACUCAACAGUUUUCCAUGUGGGCUCUGAGUGGUUGGAAUUUUUUUACCCAGCACUUAAGCCCUGGGUCCACUACAUCCCAGUCAAAUCGGAUCUCUCUAAUGCCAGAGAGUUGAUUUUGUUUGCCAAGGAAAACCAGGCAAUUGUUCAGGGAAUAGCAGAAAGGGGCAGACGAUUUAUUAUGGAACAUUUACGUAUGGAGGAUAUCACAUGUUACUGGAAAAAGCUCCUGCUUAGUUAUGCUCAACUUCAGUCGUACAAGCCUGUACAGAACAACAGCCUCAAGCAAAUCAAACGUACAAGCCCACAUGGAACUACAGCCUGA